AUGCCACACCCUUCCUUCCUCUCCCCUCCUCUCCCCUCCCUCCGCCGCGCCCACGCCCGCGCUGCCCCCGCUUCCCCCCCUCUCUGCACGCUUCCCACGCUCUCCGACCUUACCUCGCUUGGCGUCCUAACCCUACGCCCGCGCUCCACGGACUACAAGCCCCCACCGCCCUCCGCCCGCUCCCAGCUCGAGCCCGAGCUCAUCGCCCUCGUCGCCGUCUCCCACCACCCGUCUCCAUCCAACCUCUCCCCCGCCUACGCCACCGCCGCGAUCCAACGUCUCCACCCGGACGCCGUGGUCCUCGAGCUGUGCCGCUUUCGCGCCCCGCUGCUCAACGACCCGCCCGCCACCGACACGCUUCCGCCAUGGGCCCGCCUGACCCUGCGCCGCCGUCUACUGGGCACGCUGCUGGCCUCCGCCGACGACGACGCCAUCGCCGCCGGCGCUGAGUUCCGCGCCGCCGCAAAGGCUGCGGAGCAAGUCCGCGCCACCCUCGUCCUGGGCGACCGCCCGCUGCAGCACACACUGUCGCGCGCGUGGGACUCGCUCAACUUGCGUGACCGCUUCGUGCUGGCGGCGGCGCUGGCGCGCGCGGCGCUGGCGGGGAACACCGUCGGGCAUGUAGCCGAUGAGAAGCUCAAGGAGACCAUAGAGAGUGGGUUGGAUGCGGAUGGCGUCGUGGACAAGUACGUCAGGUUGUUGGGCGAGAGGUUUCCGGGACUCAGGAGGACUCUCGUGGAGGAGAGGGAUUUGUACAUGGCCUGGGUGCUGAAGAGGAGUCGCGCGGUGAGUGGGAAAAAGUGUGUGGUGGGCGUGGUGGGUAGGGCGCAUGUUGAUGGCAUUGUUAGGGCCCUAGAGGAGGACGAUAGGAGGAGGAGGGAAGGGGAACAGCCUUUGCUCAGGUUUCGGGAUAUUGUGUCAUAGACAGGGUGCAGCAAAGGCGCGAAAUUAUACAGAGAAGAAGAGAGAAACCAUAACGUGGGCAACGUGGGCAACAGAAACAGAGAUGUCUUUGUGAUAUGAGCUGGGUUGCCCUCUUCUCAGUAGAGAACGGUGAUGGCUUGCGCUUUGUUGUGCUGUAUCGAAUGGCCAUUUCGAAUGAUUUUGAUCCCGUGUAUGCCGUCAAGAAGGAUACCUUGUCUCAUGAAUUGUAAUUGCGUACUGAUACUCGUCAUGGGCAACAUGAUAUCCCUUUUUGCAAUUUGGUGCACGGAGAGACAUGUGUAAUUUUUUCGUCUUGUCCAAGUGUGCAAAGCACUGUGUCCACGGAAAGUUCUGCGGAUGCAUACCGGAGACAGCGCCGCACUGUGUAGAUGCUCGCCAGAAUGAGACUUGCACUUCCAUUUCUGCGAAAAGGGCGCGGCAUUCCAUGCGGAGAAUAUGCGUAGCUGUAGUCGAAAUCGGGGCUCUUGCGGUGGAUUGAAUGGCACAGCUCUAACUCUGGAAUGCCCUUAGCUACACUCUUUAUGACAGGGUAUGCGCAUCCUAGACUAGGCGAUCAUCUGCAGCUGAUGAAUAUUCUUGCCGGCUCAAGAUUACCGACGUCUGAUAUCACCACUUGAUGCCGUCAGGCUACCUGACAGCAUCAAGUGGUGAUAGCUACACAAAGCAGAGUAUUCAGGGGAUAAGACUUGGAGUGCGUAGCGUCGUCCUCUUCGCAGCCAUGCAAGAAUUCUGCACGAAUUUCAAAGAAGUCACAGUUGCUCCAACCAAAGUUAUCGGUUGGCAUGAGGCAAGAGCCCGCUUGCCAUUUGCCUCCACGACCAGCUACAGUCUGGCCGAAGGUCAGUCAGACAGAAGGUCCUAGUCAUGGUGAUAGCUCCACGAAAAUAUGUUUCUUGUCGCCAUGACAACCUUGAGGCAGAAGCUGCCCCGCAAUACAGAGAGAAGCGCACAUCACCGGGCAUAUCACUUUGCCGCCGAACCAUUUGCAGAAAUGAGAGUAGUGAGCAGUUUUUUUCUUCGUACUGUACAAACCUAUGAUUGAACACUGUCAGAUGAGAAGGACUCUACGGUUUGAACAUGAGAAUGUUACGGCUUGCCCUCAAUUUAACAUUGAUAGGUCGUCAAUCGAGCUGGCAAUCAUUUACUUGAAGGGGCACGAAAUUUUUUAUUGCGACUGAUUUCAAUCAGAGCUGACGAGUCCAAAAUCACUCGCUUGUCCCAUGAUCACAGCGUCAUCGUCGAAAAGGGAGCGCGCAGUACUGUGAUUCACACUCAAAGAUCGCACGCUCGCUAUCAGUGGGCUCUGGGCACUAUGCCAACUGUUGCUGUAGAUGUUGUAAAGAAAUAUUGUAUAGGUGAA